AUGCCGUCCACGCACGAUGCCGCCGCGCCUCUCCCGCCGGACAUCUCGCCCGCCGUCGAGCCGCUGCUGGAGGUGCUGGCGGCGUUUCCGCUGCCGCAGCUGCUGGCGCCGUCGGCGCCCGCGGAGCGGCUUGACUUCGCAGCGGCGCGCGGCAUGUCGCACGCGUCGGACGACGCGCUAAAGGAGACUGUCAUGGGGUUCGCCCGCACUCUCUUGGCAUCCAGCAGCUACAUGGCACUACGCCGCGGCGCGGAGGAGGAGGGCGACGGCGGCGGCGGCACGCAGCAAAACACGCCACGCCUCUCCCCGCUGGCGCGGCGCAUCCAUGAGGGGCUGUUGCGUAUAGAGAUAGAUCGUCUGCACAGCAUCGGCGGAGUGCGCGGGGCGGGGGCGCCUUCGCAGCAGGUGCGGUGGGCGCACAAUGCGGAGUGCCACAUGACGCUGCGCCGGCGUUCCGCGCCGGAGGGCGGUGGCGAAAAGGAAAAUGCGGAGGAGGCGGCCGCGCGGGCGCCGAAGCAGGAGCCGAAGUCCAGCCCUGCCUCCCCCGUUCGCCUGCGCGGCGCCGUGCACGCCAAUGCGAGGCCCGUCACGCCGCCACCAGCUUCGUGCGGCCCCUCCACCCUCGCGGACAUCAUCGGCGCCGGGGUGCAGGGGAGCCGCGCGCUGGCGUCGCUGCUCGGCGCGCUGUUGGACGCCCCGCAGCCCUUCAAAGACGUCCCCGCGGAGCGUCUCACGGCGUUCGUCUCGUCGCUAUUGACGCUGCCGGAGGCUGCGGCGACGUCCCCCGCGGAGUUUGUGCUUCCUGCGGCCGCGAUGGAGCGGGCCGUGGCCUGCUGCGCCUGCAUUUCCCACCCCGCCUUCGAGCCCUCGCUGCUCGCCGAGGACGCCGUGGACCGCCUCAUCACCGUCCUCGCCGCCCUCCUCCGCCGCGUGCGGAGGCGGCAUUUGGGGCACGCGCCGGACGACGCCGGCGCCGCGGCGGAGCUGGAGUGCCUGCGGGCGAUGCUGCGCUGCUUCGCGCUGGUGGUCGCCGACCCCCGACUGCGCCUCUGUGCCCACGGAGACCUGCUGCGGUUGGAGGAUCUUUGCUUUCAGUGCCUCUUCGCCCUCCCCGGCGCCUGCGGACGGCAGGAGGCGGCCAACUACGCCACGCAUGUCGUGAGCCACGCCCUGCACCUGUACAGCGCCCUGUGGAACCGGCUCGAGGCGCAGCGCGACGCGGCCUGGGAGCGCUUCUUUCCCCGGCUGCCGCACGGCGAGCAUCUCCUGCUGCGCCCGCACCUGCUUCCGUCGGGGGUGAAGGCGGCGGCCCUCACGGCGGCGGUGGUGGCCGCGGCGCAGUCGACGCCCGUCGGCGCCGGCCCCGUCACACGAGGCGCCGCGGACCACCUGCAGCAGCAGUGCUGUGUGUGGUCGAACAUGUUUUUCCGCCACUUUCUGCUAGAGGAGCGCGACGACAAGCGGGAGCGGGAGAUGUGCGGCGCCAUCGUCCUGCAGUUCUGUGAGGACCUGGCGAACAUGCUGGGGCUACCGGAGUUCCCCGCGGCGGACAUGCUGCUGCGCGCCCUCCUCGUCUCCUUCGCGAAGCACUGCUUCUCCUCCGCCGCGACGGAGGGGACGCGGGCGCUCUUCCUGGACGUCGUCUUUCGCGUCUCCUGUGUCCUCUUCAGCCCCGCGCAGCAGGCGCUGCUGCAGUCCGCCGCCCUGCCGGAGGCGUGUGCGCUGACGGACGCUCAGCUGCAACAGUGGCGGCAGCUUACGCACCCCGGCGAGGCGGCGGUGGAGGCAGAGGCCCCGCUUCCCCACGAUGAACUGCGGCGGGCGCUGCUCUACGUGGCCCUCUCACACCGGGUUGCGGAUCCCGCGCCGGAUGUAGCGGCCGCCGCCUGGCACCUGCGCGCGGCGCACGUCUACGCAUGGGCCAUCCACGACGCGACUCGCUUCCCGGACGCCGUGCUGGCGGCGCUGGUGCAGGCCACGCAGGUGGCUGACGGCGGCGUUGCCGUCGACUGGGGCGUCCUGCACGCGUGCAGCGCCCAGCUGUGUGGCGCCUGCGACAAGUCCUUGCUGAGCGCCAUGGCGAAGGAGCGGCUGCCGUCGUGGCUGCUUUCUGUGUUUCAGCUGCGGGAGGAGCGGCAGCAGCAGCUUGCGGGGCUGGAGGCGGCGCGCAAGAGGGCCAUCCAGCACAUGGGGAAGCUCGCCGCGCUACACCCGCCGCUGCUCGCGAGGGUUUGGCCCAUCGCCCGCCGCUGCGUUCGCGACGAUAACGCGCGCGUGCGGGAGGCUAUAGUCCCGCUGUUUCUCACGCUUUUAUCGGAGGCGUGCGGCGGCGCCCACGCGGAGGAGACCGCCGCGGAGGUUGUCAGCUCCCUCCUGCACCUCCUCACCGACCGCAGCGCGGCCGUCGUUGCGCGUGCCAUCGCGGCCCUCGACACCCUACUCACAGACGCGUCGCUGCGGCCCCUGCUGGAGGCCUCGGCGGCUGGCGAGAACCUGCUGACCUUCACGGAGUCCAAGCUGCUUGCCUUGCUGGGUCCGGCGCGGGAGGCGCGGCACCAGAGCUGCGUCGUGCGGCUCUUCCUGCGACGGUGGGUGGGGCAGGAGGCCGCCGCGGACGUCACCGGCCGUCCCACCCGGGCACGCGUGGCGCGGGAGCUGAUGCGCCUCACCGUGACAAACGUGGCGUACCCGUACGAGGCGCCGGCGGCGCAGCCGCUUGUCGUCCUCCUGCGCGGGAUGUGCCGCCUGACGGAGGGGCGGGAGACGCCGCGGCGCGGCGCGAGGAAUGUGGCGGUGGACGCGCUGGAGCUGCGCGAUGCCAUGCUCGGCGCCGCGAAGGUGCUGUGGGCGGAGCACCAGCGACUGACGCCAGCGCCGGAGGCGGCGGCUGCCCUCGCCGCCGUGCACGCCCUCGCCCUCGCCUGCAGCGCGUGGGUUGAGCCCCUGCUGGAGGUCCUCGCGCAGACCCUCGUGCAGUCCAUCUCGCCGUCGUCGCCGACGUCGGCGGCGGCGAAGGAGGCGGUGGGGGUCACGCUGUUGCAUGUGUGCCGCAUCCUGCGGACGGUGCUGCUGGCGCCGCGCCCCCCGCCGCUCGCCCUCGACCCACUUGCGCGGGCCCUCACCACCGUCCUCGCGCGGUACGUCGGGCCGCACCAGCAGCAGAUCCUCCUGUCAGCCAGCGGCGUCCUAAGCGCCGCCAUCACCUGCGGCGGGGACGGGCUCGCCGACUACGCGAACGCAAAGUACCUGGGCCUAUGCUACUCGCUCAUGAACGCCUACUAUGUGCGGGCGCUCUCGCUCGCCCCGACGCUGCGCACGGACCCGCAGAGCGUGGCGUACACGCUGCGCUUCCUCUUUCUUCUCUCGGAGUUCCUGCGCCUCUGCCCCGCGUGGGGGCAGCACCACCCGGAGCUCGCCGAGGCGGCGGCGGUGGGUGGGUCGGGCGUGCCGAACCAACUGGCGCUCGGCGACGGCAUCUGCGCAAACGUCUACGCGGCGGUGGAGCGGGUGCUGCGGGAGUGCCCCGCAGAGGCGCAGAAGCGAACCACCGUCAUCGCCCUGCGUGUCUUCGCCUCCCUCUGCAUGCUGCAGCCGACCGUCUUUUUGCGCCGCUGCGAGCCGCACCUGCGGCGCGCCCUCGACCCCGCCGGGGACCUCGCCCUGCAGUCGCAGGCCCUCGUCCUCAUCCGCGACUUCCUGAAGGACGAGGACGCCCGCAUCGACCACGCGGCCUCCACAGCCGCCCCCGUGCCGCUGCCGUCCGACUCGUCGGUGUCGUCGUCCCCGACCGCGCGACGGCGCAGGCGGCGUGAGGAGCUGCAGGUUGAGGUUGCCCCCUGCGUGGCGGAGCAGAACAGCGGCAUGGCGACGUGGGUGAUGCAGCAGUUUCAUCCGCAGAUUCUGCAGCUGUGCGAGGUGAAGGCCGUGGCGGUGCGUCAGUUGGCCUUUGAGGUCCUGCAGCUUUGCGCGGAGGGGGGCCUGCUGCCGCCGUCGCGGUACGCAAGCGCCCUGAUUGUUCUCGCCGCGGACCCGCAGAGUGAGGCACUUCGGCAGGCCGCGGUGGAGUGCAUGGCGGCGCAGAGCGAGCGGUACGCCGAUGUCGUCGCCGCCAACGCCGCCGUAGGCGUUGUGCGGGCGUUUGACCUGCACGACGCCUGUGACGUGGAUGUGCUGCAGAGCGCCGUCCUCGCGGACACCUCCCUGCAGGCCGGCGAGUGCAUACACGCCCGCCUCUUCGCCUCUCUGCGGAAGCGUUACCGGGAUGCUUUUCUUUCCUCGCUGCUGCGGUACCUUUACCAGGAGGCGCGGGCGGCGCAGUGGCUGCGGGAGCACCGCGCGAGUGACGGGGCGUCGGCGCGGAGCCCGUUUCCCUUCCUCUGCCACUUGACGGUUGUCACGGCCUUCGUUCCCUACACCCACGAGAGCGAUGUGCUGCACGUGCUGGACAACUGCCGCGCGGCCGUGGACCUGGUGGGGCAGAGCUGCCUCGACUUUGCGGAGGCGCAGCUGUCUCUCCUGCGGUCAAGGAAACGCCCCACGCAUCCGCAGCGGCGGAAGGGCGGCACCGGCGGCGACGAUAACGUUGAUGAUCAUGCGGCGAGGCAGGACCGCGCCGUCGAGCUGUGGAUGUGCUUUGGGGUUCUCUGCAUCUCGCAGCUGCGCACCUUUCUUCGCGGCGAGUACGGCCUGCAUGGGGCGAGGCUGCGGCGUCUGGCAAUGCGGCGUCGCAGCGGCGGCGCCCAGCAGCUGAUAACACUCGCCCGCCGCGAGCCGCAGAGCGCCGCGUCGGUGACGUUCCGACAGGGCCUCGCGGCGCUGCUGCGGAGAGCGGCCCCGCUGUGGGAGUCCCCGCCGACGGACGCCAGCAGCCGGCGCCGCGCCCUCGAGGAGUUGUGCGGCGCCCUCGCGGGGCUGCUGCAGGAGGCGGAGGCGGAGGCGGCGGCCGACGACAGGGAGAGCCCCCGCGGCAGCAGGGGCAGCGCGCAGCUGCGGGCGCGGGGCUCGCGCGGCACACUCCCCGCGGCGGAAGAAGCUGACGAGGCGCAGCCGGGACGGCGGCGGCAGCGGCGGCCCCAAAAGCGGCGGCGCAUGACUGCGGAGGAGGCGGAGGAGGAUGAGGAAGACGCAACGGCAACGACGCGCAGCAGCAGCGGCAGCAGCAGCGGCAGCAGUGAUUCCUCCUCCGCCUCUGGCGACGACGAUGGGGCGGGCUCCGCCGGGAGUGAGUGA